AACGAGCGCUCCGCUGCAUUUCCGCGGAUCUGGCAACCCGCGCUGUCAGCGCUCAGUCGAGGAAGCUGUUAGUAAUAAUGUGGCUUCAAAACCUCACCAAUGCUUCAUCACAACUAGUCCUUUACUUGCUGUAGGCAUUUCUCAGCGCAUAGUUAAAGCAUUGAAAUCGAUUACUGAAAGCACAGUCGGGUUUUCAGCGUAAAUAUCGCGUUACCGAGCUGCGCAGAGAAAAGGCCAGACAGACUCUGAGCGCUCCAGAAGCUCGGCCUCUCCGAGAGGCUUGGAUUGCACAGAUGAUUGCAGAUCUUUGGCGCCCUGAUGACGUGCUGUGAGACCAUGUCCCUGCGGAACGUCACGAGUGAUCUCCUGAGCCGCCAGAUCCGGGAGAACCGGGCUCUGGACUUCCAGAGACACUAUCAUGUGACCGACCCGUUUAUAAAGCGUCUGGGGCUGGAGGCGGAACUACAGGGUCACUCUGGCUGCGUCAACUGUCUGGAGUGGAAUGAGAGAGGAGAUCUCCUGGCCUCAGGUUCGGAUGACCAGCACGCCAUCAUCUGGGAUCCCUUCCGACACACCAAGCUCAUCACUAUGCACACAGGGCAUGCAGCCAACAUCUUCUCAGUGAAGUUCCUUCCUCACUCCGGGGACCGGAUCUUAAUCACAGGAGCCGCCGACACCAAGGUUCAUGUACACGACCUGACGGCGAAGGAGACCAUUCAUAUGUUCUCAGACCACACUAACCGCGUCAAACGCAUCGCGACGGCUCCCAUGUGGCCCAACACCUUCUGGAGCGCGGCGGAGGACGGGAUCAUCCGGCAGUAUGAUCUGAGAGAGAGCAGUAAGCGAUCAGAGGUGUUAAUUGAUCUGACGGAGUAUUGUGGGCAGCUCGUGGAAGCCAAAUGUCUGGCCGUUAACCCUCGUGACAACAACUACCUGGCUGUGGGAGCCAACGGGCCCUUCGUCCGGCUCUACGACAUCAGAAUGAUCCACAAUCACAGGAAGUCGAUGAGUCAGAGUACCUCAGCCGGCGUUCACACGUUUUGCGACAAGCGGAAAUCAAUACCGGACGGCGCUGGACAGUACUAUGUCGCAGGUCACUUACCCGUGAAGCUUCCUGACUAUAAUAACAGAUUACGAGUUCUGGUGGCCACCUACGUCACCUUCAGUCCGGACGGCACCGAGCUGCUGGUGAACAUGGGUGGAGAGCAGGUUUAUUUAUUUGAUCUGACGUUCAAACAGAGGCCGUACACAUUUCUGCUGCCCAAAAAAUGCCACACGUCAUCGGAGGUACAAAAUGGGAAGACGACCAACGGUGUGUCCAAUGGGAUUCAUCUUCCUGCCAGCCGCCUCAAACUGGCUAAAGUUUCCAGCGGCUCCAGUGAUCUUCCUCCUCAUCUGGAGAGGGUCAAGCAGCAGGCUAACGAUGCGUUCGCGCACCAGCAGUGGACUCAAGCCAUCCAGCUCUACAGUCUGGGCAUCCAUGAAGCCGGCCACAACGCCAUGCUGUACGGAAACCGCGCCGCUGCCUACAUGAAGAGAAAGUGGGACGGCGAUCACUAUGAUGCACUGCGUGACUGUCUGAAGGCCUUGUCUCUGAACCCGGGCCAUCUGAAGGCACACUUCCGCUUAGCACGCUGCCUGUUUGAGCUCAAGUACGUGGCCGAGGCUCUGGAGUGUCUAGAUGACUUCAAGGGCAAGUUUCCAGACCAGGCGCACAGCAGUGCAUGCGACGCGCUCGACAAAGACAUCAAGGCGGCCCUCUUCUCAAAAACAGACUCCUCUGACGACAAGAAGGGGAACAGCUCCAUCCGCUUCCAUAACUUCAGCCGGAAGGAGUCCAUCCCGGAGGAUGAGAUCGUGCUGAGAGAGCGAAGCUUCGACUACAAGCAUCGCUACUGUGGCCACUGCAACACCACCACUGAUAUCAAGGAAGCCAACUUCUUUGGGAGUAAAGGCCAGUACAUUGUGAGCGGUUCAGACGACGGCUCGUUCUUCAUCUGGGAGAAAGAGACAACGAACCUGGUGCGGGUCUUACAGGGGGACGAGUCUAUAGUGAACUGUCUGCAGCCGCAUCCCAGCUACUGCUUCCUGGCCACCAGCGGCAUCGACCCCGUGGUGCGGAUCUGGAACCCCAGACCAGAGUCGGAGAACGAGAACUGUCGGGUGGUGGAGGACAUGGAUAGCGCGGCUCAAGCCAACCAGAGGCGCAUGAAUGCAGAUCCGCUGGAGGUGAUGCUGCUAAACAUGGGCUACCGCAUCACGGGUCUGAGCAGCCGAGGCACCGAGGGCUCGGAUGAUGAAGAGAGCUCAGACGGCCAGGUUCAGUGCCGCUCCAGCUAGAACACCGCAGUCUUCUGUCUCCACAUCCCGCCUUCGACAAGAGAGCGAAGCACCUUAGAUAUUUACUUUGCGAUUUCAGUUCUUCGACACGACGCUGAGUGAAUGAAUGCUGCCGCUCCGCACUAUGCAGAUGGAAGUGAGAGAGCCAACUUUCCUCCCUGAGUUUCCCUCGCACAAUCCAAGCGAAAGCACCUAUAGAUCAAUAUACGCAACACAUUCGGCGUGCCGUCAAGUUAAAGCUUGUUUCCAAAGUCGCGCAGCGCUUGGGUCUUUCUAAUGCGGGGCUUGCUUUUGGACACGAUUUUGUCUCGUUUUGUUUCUUUUCCGAAUGAACUUGAUCUUUGAGCGCCAGAAGACAGAAAAUGAGUGUUAUUGUUCAUAGAAAUAUGUUUGUAGGUCUGCAGCACUUUCGUUUGGAAUUUAUUCUGGAAAAAUAAACAGUGUUUCUGUUCGACCCAGACUUGCAUUGUGAAUGUUCAUCAAGUCGGUUUUGCUGGAACUGAAAAUGUUUGUUGAUGAUGAUGAUGAUGAUGUUUUGAAGGGGAUGUUAUUAUUUUUUUACCUUCUUCUUCACCGGCACGAGCAGGACGUCUGACUGUAGCCCUUUUAUCUUAAUUGAUGAACCUGAGAAGAGAAGAAUAAAAACACAGAGCGAGACUUUUCACAGUUUGCUAUGAGAUUUAACAGCAGUAUAAAGAAACUAGAAUCGGGUCUAUUUUGGGAUAUGUGUGUUUAUGUUUCACUGUGUUCAUUUCCUUUUGGGAUUUCAGUACAGUUUAGUGCAACGUUUAAAAAAAUAAAUGACAUUUAAAGUUCUGCAGCAGCUCUGUCGUUGCUGUUUUGAUCAAUGGUGGGGUUUUCAGAGGAGAACAUUAUAUUAUAUAUUUCUCAUCAACAGCAUGGCUUUAUAAACGCAGUAAUAAUGGAGACAAACUAGAUUGAUCUCAUUUCAGACGUAGAGCCGUCGGAAGCGCCGGACACAACGCACAGCCACUCUAUUUUCCCAUCUGUCUCAAAUAAAAUUAAUUUAUUUACAAA